AUGUCGGCUUCUUCCUCGUGGUCUUCUGCACUCCAGGUGGGCGACGUUUUGUGGGUGAAGCGCUCCCCGCUGGGCGAGCACCACCUAUACCACCACGCCGGGGUGGUGACACGGAUCGACGCCCACGGCCGCCCGACCGAGGUGGUCGACUUCGGCCCCGGCGGAGAGGGCGAAGACAUCCCCCUCUGCCUGGCCCUCACCACCGGCUUCGAGGCGGCGCCUCGGGCGGGUCAAGAAGAGGAGGUGCUCCAGCGCGUGGCGGCGUCGCUGGGGGUGCCGCGGCUGUACCACCUCCAACGUAGCAACUGCCAGCACUACGCCACGGAGAUGAGCUGCGGCCAGGCCAGCUCGGCUGAGGCUUUGCUCCUGGCUGAGACCUUUCGGGACAUAGGCAGUAGGCAGGUGGUAGAGGUGGAGCUAUUCAAGGGCGAGGGGUGGCUGCCAGUGCUGGCCAACGGGCUGCUGACGCUCCUCGCCUCAGCCCACAACGAAGCGCAGCACCGCUACCAACUCUUCACGACCUUGCGCACCACCCACCUCAGCGAAACCAACCCGCAGAAGUGA